UUUGCAAAUAUUGGGGCCGCUCCUGCGCCAGGUCCGCCGGCCGCGGGAGGGGGGACAGCCGCGCGCCCGCCCCGGGAGACGUCCUGCCCUGCUGUGCGAUUAAACUUUGCAUGAAACUUUGGGUCUUUUUUCCUCCCCGAGCUCCUCAAGGAAUUAAUACAUAUAUCUAUAUAUACAAUUUUAUUUUUUUCUUCUUUUUUUCAUCUCUGGAGGAAGGGGGGGGGGCUUGGAAACUGAGAGCAGAGGUUGACACCCCCCCGCACACACCCCGCAACCCCUGCACAUAAAGGAGGCAUCUGUAUUUUUGGUAACCAGCACUGACUUUGUUGUUGCAACUUGAGACAUGGAUGUUCUCCCAAUGUGCAGCAUCUUCCAGGAACUCCAGAUUGUGCACGACACGGGUUACUUCUCAGCCUUGCCGUCCCUGGAGGAAUAUUGGCAACAGACAUGUUUGGAGCUAGAACGAUACCUUCAGAGUGAACCCUGUUAUGUUUCUGCAUCUGAAAUCAAAUUCGAUAGCCAAGAGGAUCUCUGGACCAAAAUUAUUCUGGCACGUGAGAAAAAGGAGGAAUCUGAACUGAAGAACACAUGUGUCCCAAAGGAGGACAAUCUUGCUAGUCAGAACUUAGAGACCAACAGUUUGAAUUCUGACGUGAGCAGUGAAUCUUCAGACAGCUCUGAGGAGCUCUCGCCCACGACAAAGUUUACCUCUGACCCUAUAAGUGAUGUUUUAGCCAGUUCAGGAAACUUGAGUUCAUCUGUCACUUCCACUCCCCCUUCGUCUCCUGAGCUGAGCAAGGAGCCUUCUUCCCAGAUAUGGAAUUGUACGCCGGGUGAGUUGCAUUCACCAGGGAAAAUCCGUACCGGUACCACUGGAAAGACUGCAGAAAAAGGUACACCCUCCAAUGGUGACACCUCGCCAGAUGGCAGAAGGCGUGUUCACAGGUGUCACUUUAACGGUUGCAGGAAAGUUUACACCAAAAGUUCACAUCUGAAAGCACAUCAGCGCACUCAUACAGGGGAAAAGCCUUACAGAUGUUCAUGGGAAGGGUGUGAGUGGCGUUUUGCAAGAAGUGAUGAAUUAACCAGACACUUCAGAAAGCACACUGGUGCCAAGCCUUUUAAAUGUAGUCACUGUGACAGGUGUUUUUCCAGGUCUGACCACCUGGCCCUUCACAUGAAGAGACACCUCUGAAUGGGUCAAGAGGUGAAUCCUGCGGGCUAAGAGGCGUCAAGGUUGAAGAGCCUUGAGCGGAGGGAUGCGUGUUCCAGCCAAAGCAUGCCAUUUUGCACCCUACCCAGUUGCCUCCAGGACCUCACUUCCUUGAAGGUCUUUUGAGGGCUAAUAAGUCAUGUAAGAACGGCAUAGCAGCCGCGGUGCGUGAUGUUUGGGGUUUCCUGGACUCAUACACUGGUAUCUAACCUUCUGAGUGGCUCCUAAGCCUUUGCCGUGAGCAUGUGCACUGAGAAUGUUAAUGAUUGGGCGACUGUAUGCGAUGAGGAUCUCUUGAUGACUGUAUGCUGAGGCACAUUUUUUUUCUUGUGGUUGUUUUAUAACUGUAAGAGAAAAAAAAUAGUCUGAAUGUCUUGUAUGUGAGGAAUAUCUCGUGAGAUGGGACGACCACCAAUCAUUUCCAAGGGG